AUGUCGCCCGAAAAGGCCCAGGAGUUGCGAGACCUGGAGGUUAAACUUCAGGCACUCGAUGCCGAGGAACGGUCCCCGGACCACGAAGCCCUGGCCAGGGCUCAAGAACAGUUUCGGGCGGAGGAACCGAAACUGCCGGCAUGGGGAACCCAUCCGGAGACAAGGCUGAAGUCGAUGGAGGCUGAAGCCGAUUGGCUGGUGCGGCCCAGCGACAACCUUGGCGCAAGGUUGCUGUGUCAGAUGCACUACCCGCCCCUGGUAAAGUAUGCUGCUAGGGAGUUAGUCGACGAGAAGGUCGUCGACAUUAAGUCCGGCUGCAUUACGCGGCUUAUAGCUUCAGGCUUUACUGAUAAGGUGGCUCUGUUUGCCGACGUCUUUUGGCGUCGUGAAGAGCCACGGAGGGCUAUUCAGGGUACCAGCGGGAAAAAGCCGGUACAAGCUGAUUUUAACCCCUGGGCCAACACAUGGUAUCCAGACGAGGUAAGAGAGCGUCAUCUCAGCUUCACUGACUGUGUGCAUAGAUCGUCGGCCGCCAAGGUCAUGAUCUUGUUUGGCACGCAGUCAAGGCACGGGUAUCUGCGUCGUUGGGGUGCCCUAGAACGGCGUCUCCAGAUCGUCCCGAUCUGGGUCCCUCUAUGGGAGAAGCUAAACGUGGGCAUCAACAACGAGAUCUGGGUUCUGUACAAGAACUCGGAUCGUAAGCAGAUUGACAAACUUGUGGUAUGUGCCCCUCAUCCUGAACAUAUCAUCAAGAAGCAAUCUUCCGAAUACGGGAAGAUGUUGGAUGACAUGUUUAGCUGUGCUGCUCGAAUGGCACGGAUCGAGCGUACAGAGAAGGAGGAGACCUACAGUUUCUGGAAGGGCUCCACCGAAGAAACGAAGAAGGCUGCGGACAGUCGCAGUGCUGAGGACAAGGCCGUGGCCAAAGCCAAGGCGAAGGAGUCCAGACUGUCCCGGGGAAUCGCUGCAUCCGCGGCUGGUCAGGCGUCGAGCACCUCUGCUGCUCCCACUACACCGGCGAAGACAGCCAGAGCUAAGCCUGGUGAUGUGCUGAAUCAGUUCGCCUUUAGUAGAUCAGAGCCGCUGGACAUAGUCUGCCGAGACUGCAAUGCCGGGCAGACGGACCGCAUUCCGUACUUUUGGAACACUGAUCAGCGGUUUUAUGUAGCCAGAGAAUGGUCCUGUGCCGUUUGCAGGGAGAAGAUCGAGGCCGAUCACCAGCAAGCGGUCACCGAUGGUAAAGACCCUCAGCCCAUCGUGAAACAUUCGUGGCGCAAGCCAUAUCUUCCUGCUGAUGAGAGCAUUCCCUGGGUUUUGGCCAAAAAACCCCAGCUGGCAUCUACCCCUUCCGAGAGGAUUCGUUCUUUGAACGACAUCCGGGCUCGCGACCAGACUUUGAGGCAGUUUGAUUGGGACUUGCCUCAGGUCCCAGAGGCCAAGAGCAAAGCUGCUUGGAACGGCCAUAUCGGGGAGAUCCGCCUCACAGACAACUUGGGAGACCCCGAUGCCACCAAAUCGACCUCGAAGAAGGUUGGUCAAGAUAAGAGGUACACUGGGCAAGGUCGGUGGAAGGGCAAAAAUAAGGACAGCCUGGGGCAAACCCCAGGUCAACCAAGCCAGCCUGUCGCCGAUCCCAGCUCUGCCGCCUCGUCUGGGCAAAAAGUUCAAGAGAGCCUUAAAAGGCAGCUUGAAGAUGCUUCUGACACCAAUGGUAAGAAGCAGAAGCCGUUGGCCCCAACAAAUGCCAACACCUUGAACAAGCCUGCGCCGAAAGGCCAGAAGACCAUCACUUCCUUUUUCAAGAAGUGA